AUGUCAUCAAUACCGGUACACCAACACCAGUUUAACCAACAAAGAUGGGGUACACCUUGGUCAAUAGUGCUAGACCAGCAAUUUUUGCUGGGUAAUACCCAAUUAGAAAUAGGAAAAAUGGGACUCGAUAAUAUUAAAGUUAGACAGCAGAGAAGCCUGGCGAAGAAUGUGUCAGUGCCUAUCCAGCAAAGUCAAGAUGGCAUGGUCUACAUCAACAGGCGAUUGGAAUGGGAGGUGGACCGACCCUUGGACCCUGGGGAGGUCCUCACACUUUACCUCAUGGCACGGGGCCGGUGGUCUAAACAUCGCGAGCUGGGGGUCUACCGCCUCGGCUUGCAAGUACUGGUGUUAGACCACCAGGUCCCCAUAGUUGACAGCCUUCUCGACGAAAAGAACCGACCAGUCAAUGUUUUCGUGGAUAUGGAGGUGUUCUACAUGCCACCGCCAACGCCCGUCCCCGCGUUGGUGGCUGUCCAUAGAGCCCCGUAUCGUGGUGAAGGCAGCUCCGGUCACGGAUCUCACAUAAUAGAUAUCCCUUCUGUCCAUGGUUCCGUUGCAAGCACCAGCCAAAUCAGCUCGGGACACAGCUCUGUUCAAGCCUCGGAUGAAGAAAAUCUAUUAUUGGAAAUUGAAAAGAACGUACAAAGUAUCGAGCGAACAAUGCUAGCAAACAAAGAGGAGGUCAUCGAUUUAGAACAAGAAGAAGAGUCCCGUACUAGAAAACUGAAGAUUGCAGGGAAGAAGUUACUCAGGCGCGGUUUCUCAAUGGGUGCUGAUAAAGUAGUAACUAUUUCUGAAGGUGAACGCAAGCGAACUUCUACAUUGCAGACUGUUCGCAGUAUCAUUCGUUUGGCAAAACCGAGGCAUCGGGAUUCCAGCGAGGAUGAGGAACAAGCUCUACUGGAUAUGCCCGGACCCUCGGGACUGUCCAUGCCCACUCAGACAUCGCCGUCUUCCGAUGAAAUAUUAGUGGAUACUCGCUCACCGCCGGAUACGCCAAAAGUUAAAAAGAUGCGCAGUACUAUUGACAGCAGUCGACUUAAUGCUCUGAAGGCAGCCGACUUCCAACUGUGCGUGACCAUCAUUGAAGCCAGACAAUUAGCUGGGCUGAACAUGGAUCCAGUGGUCUGCGUUCAGAUCGGAGAUCAGAAGAAGUUCACCAGCGUCAAGGAAAGCACCAAUUGUCCUUAUUAUAACGAGUAUUUCGUCUUCGAUUUCCACAUGCCAGCCAUCAUGCUGUUUGACAAGAUCAUCACUUUAUCGGUCUUGCAUUCACGGAACAUUCUGCGAGCUAACAAGCUACUUGGCAGCUUUAAGCUGGAUGUUGCCACCGUAUGGAACCAACCAGAUCGCCAAUUCUACCACAAAUGGGCGCUUCUGACUGAUCCUGAUGACGUGGGUUCCGGAGCCAAGGGUUACCUGAAAUGUGACAUUAGCGUCAUCGGCAAGGGAGACACCAUUAAGAUACCGCCCAAGAGCGAAAAAGAUGAAGACGACAUUGAAGCGAACCUCCUUUUGCCGGAGGGGGUGCCCAUAGAGCGGCAACGGGCUAAAUUCAUAGUCAAGAUUUACCGUGCAGACGGACUGCCGAAGAUGAACUACUCCAUCUUGGCCAACGUGAAGAGAGCCUUCACUGGUGAGAGUCAAGACCUGGUCGACCCUUACGUACAAGUGUGUUUCGCUGGCAUGACCGGUUGUACGUCAGUGAAGAAAAACUCAUACACACCAGUCUGGAACGAGCAGAUAGUUUUCGCAGAGAUGUUCCCUCCACUGUGCCAGCGCAUCAAGAUCCAACUGCGCGACAACGACCCAGUGCACCCCAAUGUCAUCGGAACACACUUCAUAGACCUCAAAAGUAUAUCGCACGAUGGCGAGAAAGGUAAAGGUUUCUUGCCGACUUUUGGACCAGCCUACAUUCACCUGUAUGGAUCUACCCGAGACUAUAGUCUCAUUGACCAGCAUGCCAAUUUGAACAUGGGCAUGGGUGAGGGCGUCGCCUAUAGAGGCAGAAUCCUCAUCUCAAUUCGUACAGAAAUAACAGACAGCCUUGAGUGUCCUGCAUCGGAAGUAGAAGUGGAACCCAUUACGGAACUGAGUGAGCCCAAUUUCGAAAAGAACGAGGAAUUCUUUUUGUUCGCGAGCAUUUUUGAUGCCAACAUGAUUGACAAGCGGCUAGUUGACAAGCCACUGCAAUUCGAGCUUAGCAUCGGCAAUGCUGGCAAUAUGCUGGAUGGCUAUAGCGAAUCUGUAAAGAAACCACAGGAUUUAGAUGUUGCUGAUGAAGACAUGGUUGCGGAUACUGGGUAUUGGCAAAGUGUAACGCAAGCAACUAAAGCGACUUCCAGUGACAAGGCCUACUACUAUUUGCCUUACUGGGAUAGUAAACAAUGCAUGCACGUACGAAGUAUCUGGCCGGACCAUCGCCGGCGCAUGUACAAUUCCAACCUCAUUUCCAAUAUUAUUGAGAAAUUUGAGGAGGGAUUAUCGGAAGUGCAACAAGCAAUAGAUACUGAUUGUGGCGUAGAAAGCACAGGUGUUGCUGUACUCAAAGCCACAUUGGAGGCCGCGAGCAACGCAUGCGCAGCGUAUGUGCGUCACAUGACUAACGCACCUCCUAUCGGAAAUACUAAACUGGAUAGGGAGAGACAGAAGAUGUGUCUUUAUGAAAUUGAACAAAUCUGCAGUAUGACAAAAACUUUGAAAGCUCUCGUAACAAAACAUUCUAUAAAAGAUCGCCUGCGCACAGCGCAUUCCUAUUUGUCCAAGCUUAAAGAUAUAUGUGAGGAUUCACAACAUGCAAUGCCAGACAUCUUUAUUUGGUUGAUAAGCAAUGGAAAACGUUUGGCGUAUCAACGCAUAUGUGCAAGAGAAGUAAUUUACUCCGACAUUCCUGAUGAGUGUGGAAAAAAUUGUGGGAAAAUGCAGACAAUGUUUCUCAAGUGGCCUGGGAAAAAAGCAUCUACGCCAAGUGGUUGGUCGAUUCCAGCAAAAAUUAAUGUAUACAUCUGGUUGGGCCAUUUACUGGAUAAAAAACAUUACAUCGACGGCCUUCCUCCAGGCUAUUCAAAAGAUAACGAACUCAAAAAUGUUAAUUAUUUACGUAGUAAUGCCCCUUCUUGUAUAUUUUAUUUGGAAAAGCAUACUUUCCAAAUGCGAGCAUAUGUUUAUCAAGCAAGGUCAUUAAUUGGAUCGGACUCGUCUGGACUGUCUGAUCCAUUUGCUAGGGUGGUCAUCGGUGAAAGUAGUGCGACUACACAAGUCAUUGAUGAAACAUUGAGCCCAACAUGGGAUGAACUUCUUGUUUUUAAUGACAUAUUGCUUUACAGCACAAUAGAACAAAUCAAAGCUGAUCCUCCUACUAUAGUUAUUGAAAUUUUUGAUCAAGAUAAGGUAGGCAAGUCCGAAUUUAUAGGACGUACUUUGGCCAAACCUCAUGUGAAAGCAUUAGAAGAUAUUAGAGACCAUCCACCAAGUGCCCCUUCGCUCGAAUGGUAUGAAAUAAGACGAGGUGAUGAUCGAGCAGGAGAACUGUUAGCCGCGUUUGAACUUUUGGAAAAACCGGCAGAGAUUAAUUAUUUACCUGAACUACCUAACCCGCGAGAAACUAAUGGUAAAACACCAAUUGAUGCCAAUAAAGGUCCAAUUCUACCAGUUCCAAGGGGCAUACGACCAACACUUUCAAAAUAUCGCAUUGAAGUUUUAUUUUGGGGAUUGCGUGAUCUUAAACGUAUUCAUCUACUUACUGUAGACAAACCAAGAGUUGAUAUUGAAUGCGCAGGACACAUUUUAUAUUCAACAAUUAUACAAAAUUAUAAAAGAAAUCCUAACUUUAAUAAUCCUGUCAAGUUUCUUGAUGUGGAACUACCCGACCAAGAUUUAUAUAGGCCUCCUCUGACUAUAAGAGUUGUUGACUGUAGAAGUUUUGGUAGAAUUACCUUGGUCGGUACACAUACUAUUAAUACGAUCCAAAAAUACAUUUAUACACCCAUGAGCAAACGUGAGAAAGAGAUGGAAGACAGAAAAAAGUCACUUAUACAACUUCAGAAUGUCGAUUUAAAGGCAAAUUGCAUAGUUCAGCAGGAUGUAUUUACAAUUGAAAAUGAAAAAGAAAGUUGUCCCCUUUUGAAUCGAGAAGGUAGAUUAAAUACAACUUAUGGAUCAGGAGCCAAACAUAAAACCCUUCAUAAAAAACCCUCAAAACGUGAAUCGUCUAAGAAAAGAAAAGGAAGUGCUGAAUCAGUUCUUGAAGACGAUGAUGGCAAUAAGGACUGGUGGUCAAAGUAUUUUGCUUCAGUAGAAUCUAUGAUAGAGGAAGAAAAGGAGGCAAAAAAGGAGAGACAAGGUGGUUUACAAACGCCACUGGUGUCAUAUAUUGAUGAAACUCGCUCACUCAGGGAGGAAGUGUCCUCACCCCGAUCUGACCAUGACCGUAUAAAACGCUCGCGGCAACCUGCAUCGCCGAGAGCUAAUAAAAAUAGUCCAAUUUUAUCGAAAAAGAACGAAAUACCGUCCUCUGCUUUAACAAAAAUAUAUCCACACGAACUCGAAGCAGUGCCAGAAUAUGAUGAGUUUAAAGAAUGGCUACAUUCAUUUGAAUUAUACAGAGGAAAGAAAACCGGUGAUGACUCGGAAGAUGAAAGUCGUAUUGUUGGAAAUUUUAAGGGCGCAAUAAAGGUGUACAAAUGGCCUCUACCAAGAGGUAUCGAUGAUCACACUGUAAUGGGGUUUGAUCCAAAUUACGGUUUUUUCCAAGGAGUUCCAAAUAAUGAUCCAAUUCAUGUGUUAGUAAGAGUUUACAUAGUGAAAGCUACUGAUUUGCACCCAAUGGACUUAAAUGGCAAGGCUGAUCCCUAUAUCGUGUUACAUUUAGGGUCAAAAAGAAUUAGCGAUAAGGAAAAUUAUGUUUCAAAGCAACUAAAUCCAGUAUUUGGAAAAUGUUUCGAGAUUGAAGCUACUUUCCCUCAAGACUCCAUGCUCAAUAUUCAAGUUCUCGAUUGGGAUUUACUCGGAUCCGACGAUUUGAUAGGUGAAACGAAAAUAGAUCUAGAAAACAGGUUCUACAGUCGUCAUCGAGCGACCUGUGGCCUACCAAUGAAAUAUGAAGAACAAGGUUACAAUCGGUGGCGUGAUGCCAUGAAACCUACUCAGAUAUUAGCAAAACUAUGCAAAGAUGGAAAGUUAGAUCCGCCAGCGUACGAAUUCGGGCGUGUGAAGAUCGGUCGAACUGUAUUUAAUAUGCCAGUAGAUGACAAAGAGCUAUUCUCUAACCCUGAUACAAUGCAGGAGCAAAUGGCAUUGGUGGUUCUGCAUCGGUGGCAAGAAGUACCCAGGGUCGGUACCAAACUAGUCACAGAGCACAUAGAGACAAGACCGCUGUACCAUCCGAGCAAACCCGGUAUUGAACAAGGUCGCUUAGAAAUGUGGGUCGAUAUGUUUCCCAUGGAUAUGCCUCUCCCAGGACCUGCUUUAGACAUAUCAGCUAGAAAACCCAAAUCGUAUGAAAUGAGGGUAAUUAUUUGGAACACAGAUGACGUCGUCCUUGAAGACGAUGCUUUCUUUACAGGAGAAAAAAUGUCUGAUAUUUAUGUCAAAGGUUGGCUAAAAGGUCCAGACGAUUGUCAAUGUACUGAUAUACAUUAUCGUUCUUUAACGGGUGAAGGUAACUUCAAUUGGCGUUUCAUAUACCCGUUCGAUUAUUUGGAAGCCGAGGAACGAAUCGUUAUUUCCCGCAAAGAGUCUGUAUUCUCAUGGGAUGAAACAGAGUGUAAAAUUCCAGCAAGAUUUGAACUUCAGGUCUGGGAUGCUGACCAUUUCUCCGCGGAUGAUUUCUUAGGAGCUAUUACAUUAGACUUGAAUAGAUUCCCACGCGGAGCCAAGUCGUCUAAACUCUGCACCUUGGAUAUGCUGCGAAAUGAUGGCUCUGUUCCUAUGGUCAACAUCUUCAAGCAGAAGAGAGUUAAGGGUUGGUGGCCCUUCUAUAUCAAGCGGGAUACAGAAGAGAUGGAACUCACCGGAAAAGUGGAAGCAGAGAUUCAUCUCCUGACCCGCGAAGAGGCCGACAAAGUACCAGCUGGCCUCGGUCGCAACGAGCCUGAUCCUCUGGACAAGCCUAACCGUCCAGAUGCAUCCUUCAUGUGGUUCCUGAACCCCCUCAAGUCCAUACGCUACAUCGUGUGGCACAACUACAAAUGGACCAUCCUGAAAGCCGCCAUUGUCAUCUCGCUUGCUGUGAUGUUCCUACUUCUAGUGUAUGCUGUGCCCGGAUAUACCGUUAAAAAGCUCCUCGGAGCUUAAAAGUGAAUUUAAAUUAUUUUUGUUUUAUGUGCCUAUUUAUGUGUUACCCAUUUACUGUAUCAA